UCUCCUUCUGGACUUCGAAAGGAGAGAAAGAGGGAGAGAGGGAGAGGAAUGCCGUGGGGAAGGGUGACGGGAUCUAUGAGCUAUCCGAAGGUGGACGUGGUCAUAGAUAUGGGAAAUCCUUUCCUCAAUCGCACUGUGGAUGGAUUCUUGAAGAUCGGAGCUGUUGGUGCUUCAAAGGUUGCUGCCGAGGAGACGUAUCACUGCAUUAAAAAAGGGGGUUUGUCGAAGGGCAAGGUUGAGGAUGCAUUAAGUAAGAUGUGCAAGGAAGGCUUUUAUUGGGGGACUGUUGCUGGGGUGUAUGUUGGGAUGGAACAUGGUAUGGAAAGGAUACGCGGUACAAGAGACUGGAAAAAUGCAAUGCUUGGUGGUGCAAUAACCGGUGCACUGAUAUCUACUGCGAGUAACAACGGUAGAGACAAGGUAGUCGCCGAUGCAAUCUCAGGAGCUGCAGUAGCAACUGCUGCUGAGUUUCUCAACUAUCUAACUUGAAGUAAGACUCUCAGUUCAUUACACAGCAGCCACAGACUAGUACUGAAGCUGUUGUCUUUUGUAGCAGCUUCUUAAGCAAACUCUGCUCUGCUUCAUUGUGCCUUCAAUAUUUCCACUGUAUUUGGCUAAAUAAUGCUUCACAGCUGAAUAACCAUUUACCAUUACUUUUUAAUGUAUUAUUUAUGAUA